AUGAGUGAUCUAAUGAAUGCCAUCCAGCCUCAUCCAGAAGAUCGGUUGCAUCUCCGUCUUCACCGGGCCCGCUCAGUGGUUCUGACAGCAGAGGAGUAAUGCUCUCUUCUCCCUUCUCCCUUGCCCAGGUAUCAUGAGUUGACACCCGACCCAGACUCGUCGAAAUCCGCGCCGCCCAACGAACUUUCGAAGGAGCCUAUGUCCGCACAGCUCUGGGACAAUUUUCCUUCGCCCUCGUAGUUCUCAAGAUAUUCACAGCGGAAUUUUACUCUAUCGGCGCACUUUUUGCGACAUAUGGUGCCGGCAUAUUGUUGGUUAGUAUGUGUAGGCGAUAUGAAGGAAAUCGGCAGUUCUUUAGUGAAGUGGAUGACGCGGGGAUGGGAAGGAAGAAGUUUAGGACCAGUGGGAAUGCUGUUGCGGUAUUGACGGCAUUGAGCAUUGCUGCUUAUGCGAGUCUGAUGGCCCUGACUCUUCGGCUGGGGAACUGAGCGAGGAGAACAGACCAAGAUGAGAAGAUUUCUCUUGGAGUUGGCAGAUCACUUGCGACUUCAAUCGGCACGGGGAACGAAUUUCUCGUGGCUAAAGUUCGAUGCAUCUAAUCGAAGCCAUGACAAGGAAAGCCGAGG